AUGGAGGCGGCGGGUAAAGCAGAUGGUGGGGAACAGAGUCAGCAAGGCAGCGGCGCAGACACUCUUGGAGACGCUUCUAUGGACCGCUACUUGCGAUCUCAGGGCUUAUACAGAAAAAGAGUUGCCAAGGAUGGAUCUUGUCUCUUCAGAGCUGUGGCUGAGCAGGUGUUAUACUGUCAGUCUCGGCAUAUCGAUGUUCGGAUGGCUUGUGUAGACUAUCUUCGGAAAAAUAGGGAGAAAUUUGAAGCAUUCAUAGAGGGGCCCUUUGAAGAGUACUUAAAAUGUUUGGAAAACCCACAGGAAUGGGUUGGACAAGUAGAAAUAAGUGCCCUUUCUCUUAUGUACAAGAAAGAUUUCAUAAUCUAUCAGGAACCAGAUGCUUCUCCCUCACAUGUAACUGAAAAUGGCUUUUCUGAUAAGGUGUUGCUAUGUUUCUCAAAUGGAAACCACUAUGAUAUUGUUUACCCAAUAGAGUAUUCAGAAAGAGCUGCUCUCUGCCAGUCUCUUCUAUAUGAGCUGCUGUAUGAAAAGGUUUUUGAUACAGAUGUAAAGCAAAUCGUUGCAGAGCUUAGUGCUGUUGAUGUGACAGAGGAAAGUAAUGGUAGCAGUGAAGUAUCUGCAUCAGAUUCAGAAGAUGACAACUGCAGAAGUAAAGCUACAAUGGUUAGCGAUAUGAAUGGAUUGAAGUCACUUUCUGGCAACAAGCACCUUAAGAGCAAUGGGAACCCUACCUUCUUGGUGUUGCCUAAGAAAGUUCUUAAAUCACUCAACCCAUCAGUUUACAGAAAUGUUGAAUAUGAUGUUUGGCUGCAAUCCAAGUGGGAUCAGCAAAAACAAGAUUUUUCUAUUGCUGCUGGCAUGCAAUACUCAGUUGGUGAUAAAUGUAAAGUGCGCUUAGACCAUAAUGGGAAAUUUUAUAAUGCCCAUAUUCAAGAAGUUUGCUCAGAGAAUGGUCCAGUUGUUGUAUUUGUAGAAGAGCUCGGAGAAAAGCAUGCUGUCUCACUGAAGAGCCUUAAACCUCUUCCGCAAACCUCUCCUAUGGAGGGCUGGAACACUGUGCCAGGGAAGAAGAUAAAAAAGUUUUUCCCAACAUGGGGGCAGAAUGCUCAGCCUGAUGUAGAUUGCAGAGGGCUAAAGAAUCAGAGCAAGCUGGUGAAACCCCAGUCAGCACUACCUCCUCGACUUCAGCAUACUGUGGGAACCAGGCAGCAUCAGUUCCUAUGUUCUGGACCCCAGUCUCAUCAGACCUCAACUGAGCAAAAAUCUUCAAGCAGGAAUCCUUCCCAAACUGUAAGAAAACCAGAUUGUGAGAGAACUGAAGAUCUGAACCAGAAUAACAGAGAUUGUAACUAUUUUGGCCUGUCUCCAGAGGAACGGAAGGAGAAACGGGCUAUAGAAGAAUCUCGUUCACUUUAUGAGAUUCAGCAGAGGGAUGAGCAAGCUUUUCCUGCCCUUUCUAAUAGUCAGUCAGCUUGUCAAGCUGCCACGCAGACUGUUGAUAACUUCAACCAGAAAAAGUUCUCAAAUAAUGAGAGAAGAAACAGCAAGUGGACUGCUGAAGUGGAAGAGCAGAAGAAUAAAGAGUCAAAUUCCAGACACAUCCACUUAAGUCAGAAGCUUGAGCCAAAUUCAUCUGAGGUAAUCUUAAAGAAAAGACCAAAAUUUCAUUUUAUUUUUUCUUAAUGUUAUUGCUUCUAUAAUACAUAAUUGGCAGAGCGAUAGCUGCCUUUUGAGCUGUGACUGCUGCUGCUGCUUUACAACUUUGGUGAAGUUAUUCUAAGAUUUGAGGCUUUGUAUUGCCGUCAGCUUCCUCAGCCCUUUUAACCUAUACUUGUGGUCUUUCUGUGCCAUCUGAGUUCUCAAAUCUAGGCUAUCAAGGGCACUUGUGAAUCUAGAUUU